AUGUCCUGCUGUGACCAGUGCCAGCCAUGCCGGCCCUGCGGCCCGACCCCUCUGGCCAGCAGCUGCAAUGAGCCCUGUGUCAGGCAGUGCCAGCCCUCCACCAUCGUCAUCCAGCCCUCUCCCGUGGUGGUGACCCUGCCCGGACCCAUCCUCAGCUCCUUCCCGCAGAACACCGCCGUGGGCUCCUCCACCUCCGCUGCUGUUGGCAGCAUCCUCAGCUCUGAGGGCGUGCCCAUCACCUCGGGGGGCUUUGACCUCUCCUGCAUUUCCAACCGCAGCUGUGGCAGACGAUGCACCCCCUGCUAAAGGUGCUGGAUGAUGUCCCAGGCAAGGACCCCCAGGAAUGCUAAGCAUGGACCAAAGAACAAAUGUUGUGAUGCUGGUUUUGCCCUGGAAGACAGACAUGUA